AUGUUUUUUCAAAAUCUUAUCCCUAUUUCAAUAAAUGAGAUAUCAACCUAUAAUCUUCGUCAUGAUUCCCCAAAAGUUGAAUUAUUGAAAAAAGCAAGCCUAAUUAUUUGGGAUGAGGCACUUAUCUUGAAUAUACAUUGCUUUGAAGCUUUGAACAGAUCUCUAAAUGACAUUAUAAAGACUAGAUCUACUUAUAGUUAUGACAUUCCAUUCAGAGGGAAAGUUGUAGUACUAGGAGGCGACUUUAGACAAAUACUCUCAGUUAUUUCCAAAGGAAGUUGUUCGGAGAUUGUGGGUUCUGCUAUCAAUUCUUCAUACCUAUGGAAGUAUUGCAAGGUAAUGAAAUUGACUGUUAAUAUGAUAUUGCAAAAUGCUAACUCAUCUUCUUCAUCAGCAGAAAUAAAAGAGUUUGCUGAUUGGUUGUUUCAAGUGGGAGACGGAACAGUUACAACCAUUGAUGAAGCCGAAUCACUCAUUGAGAUUCCUCCAGAUCUUCUUAUUGAACCGUGUAAGGAUCCCUUACUUGAAAUAGUAAAUUUUUCAUAUCCGAAACUUUUGUUUAAUUUGGAAAAAAAUUCAUUCUUCCAAGAAAGAGCAAUCCUUGCACCAACACUUGAAAGUGUAGAGGAAAUCAACAACUUUAUGUUAGCAAUGAUUCCUGGUGAGGAAAUAGAGUAUUUGAGUUGUGAUACUCCAUGCAAGUUCGAUGAAGAUUCGGGUGUCAAUACAGAAUGGUUUACAUCUGAAUUCUUAAAUGAUUACAAAUGCUCCGGAAUUCCAAACCAUCAAAUUAAACUAAAAGUCGGUGUCCCUAUCAUGCUCAUUCGAAACAUUGACCAAGCUGCAAGGUUGUGUAAUGACACUCGAAUGAUAGUCAACGUUUUGACUAAAUAUAUAAUUGUUGCUACUGUUCUAAACGGAAACACGAUGGGAGAAACAACCUUUAUUCCAAGGAUGAGCUUACCUCCAUCUAAUUCUAACAUUCCUUUCAAAUUCCAGUGCAGUAUAAAUAAAUGGCAAGCAGCUUAUUGGUCAUCUAACUUGAAAGAUAAUUUCGUUGCUAUAAGGUUAUGUUGCUCAAAUAUUGAAUUGGUAGAAAAAUUCAACUUUAAGUCUGAAGUCAUUAUCACUAAACAUGGACAACAAGUUCUAUUAAGCGAUCAUGUUGUUGACAUUUUUGUGAUUUUUUAA